AUGAAGUUCGCACUCCUUCUCGCUUUGACUGUGGCCGUCGCUGCCUUCGCUCAAGACCAAAUUGCCCUACCCAAAGUUGCUUGGGGCGAUGAGGCCCCUGAAGACGGUUUCGAAAUCCUCGGGGGACAGGAAGCCCAACUCGGCAAGCACCGUUACGUGGCUGGGCUCAAGGUGUCGCCCAAUAAUGUGACCGUGUGCGGCGGCAGUCUGAUCGCCCCCAAUGUCGUUUUGACAGCGGCGCAUUGCUUGACCGGUAAACUACGUACUGUAGUCGUGGGCACGCACUAUUUAACCGGUUUUGCCGACGGGGAACUGGCCAAUGUCACUCAGGAAAUCAAACACCCCGAUCGCUACGACGUGGGCAUCGCAAUCUUGGACCGCAACAUCACGACCAUCGAACCUGUGAAGGUGUCGUUUGAAUUCGUUCCGGCGGACGUGCUCACUUGGGUACGCGGCUGGGGAUUCGUCACGUGGGAUGGCCCCCAAUCGCCAGUGCUCAAGGAGGUCAACGUCACGACCUGGAACAACACCAGGGCCUCGGCUGCGUUGACCUCCUCGCCAAGGCCCUUGUACGACACGGAGUUGGGUGCUGGAGGGGUGAAAGGAGAAGAUUCGUGUAACCGCGACUCGGGGGGACCGUUGACCAUCGAAGAAAACGGUACCGUGCGCUUGGUGGCGGUGGUCGCCUGGGGCGAUGGCUGUGGUAAGAUCGGCAAGCCAGGAAUCUAUGAACGCACCAGUGCUGCUCGUGCCUUCAUUGAACCGUACUUGCCGAAGUAA